AUGUCAUGCUCUGUGUUGUGUUGCCAGGCUCUGGAGAGUGAAUAUGUUAGCGCCCACCUUCAUGAAUGGAUCGACCUCAUAUUUGGUUACAAGCAACAAGGAGAAGCAGCAGUGGCGGCAAACAAUGUAUUCCAUCACCUUUUCUACGAAGGUAACGUGGACAUUUACUCGAUCGACGAUCCGCUUCGUCGGUCUGCAGUGAUUGGCUUCAUCAACAACUUUGGCCAGAUACCCAAACAGCUUUUCCGGAAGGCACAUCCAGCUCGUCGAGUGUUGCUCACACCAUACCAGUCUGCUGCAGCUGCAGGCCGACUAUUUUAUCACAACCUGGAGAACCUGAGACCGACCCUUCAACCACUUAAAGGUAAGGCCAAGAUAUUCUUUAUUGACUUCCAACAGGACAGAAAGAAAGGUAAGCCACUCACAGACAGAUAUUUUGGCUUAUGGCUCGUACUUGUUUGUCCCUUUGCCUGUAUUGUUGUGCUUUUAUUCAAUAAUCGUAUAUAG